GUUUAAAAAACUCACUCCAAGUCUUCAUUUUUCAUCCAAUCGCUCAUUCAUUUGAUUAAAAUUUGUUUUUAUCGUUGAUUUGAAAUUAAAUAAGUUUUUAAUGUUUAUAUAACCUUCAAAUGGAAAUUAAACUUUAUUUUAGAGUUAUUUUAGAAAUUUUUUUAUUAAACACUUUAUUUUGAAACUUUUAAUUUUGUUAUAACAAUAAUGAGUGAUAACAAGACUUACCUGGGAUUUGAUUUCAGUACUCAACAGCUGAAGGCAUUGGCAGUGAACGAGAGUUUGCAUGUUAUACACGAGUCUUGCGUUCAUUUCGACACCGAUUUGCCUGAAUUCAGAACUCAUGGGGGAGUGAAUCAAAACCCAGACCAACACACGGCGACGGCCCCACCCGUCAUGUGGGUUAAGGCAUUGGAUCUGGUGUUAGAGAGGCUGAAGAUUGAUGGUAUCGAUUACAGUACAGUUGUGUCCAUAUCUGGUUCGGGUCAACAACACGGAAGUGUCUACUGGAAGAGAGGGGCCAUCCAUACGCUCAAGAGCUUAAACGCCAAUAACUUUCUGCACAACCAAUUGUCUCAGUGUUUCUCGUGUCGCGAUUCGCCGGUUUGGAUGGACUCGAGUACAACACAACAG